AUGGAUCCGCCUCAUCUAACCGAGUUCGCCUCCGAGCGCUACUUCAACAAGCUCGAUCAACUAAAUCAAUCUCGCGAUCCUCAGCUACCUGCGCCCCAUCCGCAUUCUCCGCAGUCGAUACCCUCUCAGUCCUCAUCCACUUUCAUCCUCCCGCUCCGUGCCUCGAAAGCAAACGAGACCGACGCCGAUGCCUUCCGACCAUCUGACUACAAGCGCCAAGAGAAGAGUCGACUUUUCGGUCUGAGAUCCAAAAGUUCUUUGUUUCACUCAAAAUCCUCGACGUUGCACAGCGAACUCGCGGAGCAGCUCGUGGGGUCCUCGAAAUCAAAAGCCCUUUCCUUCGAUCAAUUAUUUCUCGCUUUACCGACCGAGCUUCAGAUUCAAAUCAUCUCAUCUUUACCGCUCACUGACGUCUUGAAUCUGCGCCGAGUCUCGAAAGCAUGGCAUACCCUCGUCACUCUGAACGAGGCGCCUAUCGUUCGAUAUCAUCUCGAUCAUCAUAUUCCAGUGUACGCGCUGCGACUCUAUCCAUCCAGGGAUCCCACCACAGCAAAUUUUCACCAUCUCUGCGGCCUGUGGCAUCGCCUACACGUCGCAGCGAAGCUGUCGUUCCUCAUGUGCGAAUGGAUCACGAAGGAAAUAUUUCUACGAACUACCGAGGCUCAACGUCAAGAGUUCGCGCCCCAACGCGAGCGGAUGCGUCGACGCCUCAUCCCACUUCUUUUUACAGUCUUCCACUUCUUCGAGACGUACAGGAAAUUACAUUUGCAACACAUUCUCGACAACAACGGACAUGGCUUGCUACACGAGCCGUAUACCCUAAACCCGAUCGAAGUCGAAAUCAUGAACAUGUACGACGACCAGACAUUGCUGCGUGUUCACCAGGUCUUUCCUCUCAUCAUCUCCUCUUUCUGCAGACGAUUACGUCCGCCAUCAUACGCUGGACGAGUCGAACGAUCAUUAAGGGGUUAUCUCAAGGAGAAGCCCCCAGACGAGGUGCACGUUGCUAUUCUGUGCGUCGGCGGCUUGCGUCAGGUUGAAAGAUUAUGGGAGAUCAAGGGGUAUAGCAGCAGGCGUGGAGCAGUCGAUGAUUGGUAUAACGAGGUCGCCAAGGACCCGGUGGAACAACCCGCUCAAAAACAGCGACGAGGUCUCAUGGGGUUGGGCCGGAAGAAGUCAUUCUUAUCGGUUAAGGAUUCCGCCAAAUCCACACCUCAAGGAGGAUUUCCAACACGACACACGCCGCGGGCAUCUCUCGACGACACCGCCGAUCAUUCCGACAACUUGGUCUUCAAUACUAGCCUCGCGGCAGGUAUGCCGAUGGGAUCCCUUGGGCGAGACGACGCUCGCCGCAUCCUGAGCGAUUUACCCAGUUUGCAACAAAUUUGGCUGACAACGGCCGAGGCUCUAAUUAUGGAAAGGGGUAUUGUGGAGCGCACGCAAGACAUCAAACGCAACGCUCAGGUCAUGUUGGAGCUGAUUCGCGAUGAUGGCAUGGAAGAGGAGGACGAGUGGUGGUAUGGGCGGAGCACGCCCGAAUCGGUACGCCCGCCACUUGAGGCUAUAGAGGAGGAUCCCAUUGAGGGCGUUUGA